UCCGCCAGUGUCCCGCUCGUGCGCCCCUGCCCUGGGCACCAUGGACACUUCCAGGGUCGGCGUGCUACUGUCCUUGCCCAUUCUGCUGCAGCUGGCGGCCGGGGGCGGCUCGCUGAGGCCCGGCACACCGCCACGCGGGUGCCCCACGCACUGUCAGUGCGAGCCCGACGGCAGGAUGCUGCUCAGGGUAGACUGCUCCGACGUGGGGCUCUCCGAGCUGCCCUCCAACCUCAGCGUCUUCACCUCCUACUUGGACCUCAGUAUGAACAACAUCAGUCAGCUGCCCCUGAAUCCCCUGCACAGUCUCCGCUUCCUAGAGGAGUUACGUCUUGCCGGAAACUCUUUGACAUACAUUCCCAAAGGAGCCUUUGCUGGUCUUUACAGUCUUAAAGUUCUUAUGCUGCAAAAUAAUCAGCUAAGACAAGUACCCAUGGAAGCACUACAGAAUUUGCGAAACCUUCAGUCCCUGCGUCUGGAUGCCAACCACAUCAGCUAUGUGCCCCCCAGCUGUUUCAAUGGCCUGCACUCCCUGAGACACCUGUGGCUGGAUGACAAUGCUUUGACAGAAAUCCCUGUCCAGGCUUUCAGAAGUUUAUCAGCCUUGCAGGCCAUGACCUUGGCUCUAAACAAAAUACACCACAUACCAGACUAUGCCUUUGGAAACCUCUCCAGCUUAGUAGUUCUGCAUCUCCAUAACAAUAGAAUCCACUCCCUGGGAAAGCAAUGCUUUGAUGGGCUCCACAGCCUAGAGACUUUAGAUUUAAAUUAUAAUAACCUUGAUGAAUUCCCCACUGCAAUCAGGACACUCUCCAACCUUAAAGAAUUAGGAUUUCAUAGCAACAAUAUCAAGUCGAUACCUGAGAAAGCAUUUGUAGGCAACCCUUCUCUUAUUACAAUACAUUUCUAUGACAACCCCAUCCAGCUUGUUGGAAGAUCAGCUUUUCAACAUUUACCUGAACUAAGAACAUUGACUUUGAAUGGUGCCUCACAGAUAACUGAAUUUCCUGAUCUGACUGGAACUGCCAGUCUGGAGAGUCUGACUUUAACUGGAGCACAGAUCUCAUCACUUCCCAAAACUGUCUGCAAUCAGUUACCUAAUCUCCAACUGCUAGAUCUGUCUUACAACCAUCUAGAAGAUUUACCCAGUUUUUCAGUCUGCCAAAAACUUCAAAAAAUUGACAUCCGGCAUAAUGAAAUCUAUGAAAUUAAAGUUGACUCUUUCCAGCAGUUGCUUAGCCUCCGAAUUCUAAAUUUAGCUUGGAACAAAAUUGCUACUAUUCACCCCAAUGCAUUUUCUACUUUGCCAUCUCUAAUAAAACUGGACCUAUCGUCCAACCGCCUGUCGUCUUUUCCUGUAACUGGGUUACAUGGUUUAACUCACUUAAAAUUAACAGGAAAUCAUGCCUUACAGAGCUUGAUAUCAUCUGAAAACUUUCCAGAACUCAAGGUUAUAGAAAUGCCUUAUGCUUACCAGUGCUGUGCAUUUCGAAUAUGUGAGAAUGUCUAUAAAAUUUCUAAUCAAUGGAACAAAGGUGACAACAGUACUAUAGACGACCUUCAUAAGAAAGAUGCUGGACUGUUUCAUGUGCCAGAUGAGCGUGACCUUGAAGACUUCUUGUUUGACUUUGAGGAAGACUUGAAAGCCCUUCAUUCAGCACAGUGUUCACCUUCCCCAGGUGCCUUCAAGCCCUGUGAACAUCUAUUUGGUAGCUGGCUAAUCCGAAUUGGAGUAUGGACCAUAGCAGUUUUGGGACUUACUUGCAAUGCCUUGGUGACUUCAACUGUGUUCCGAUCCCCUCUUUAUAUUUCCUCCAUAAAACUGCUAAUUGGGUUGAUAGCAGUGGUGAACAUGCUCAUGGGGGUCUCCAGUGCUGUGCUGGCUGGCGUGGAUGCAUUCACUUUUGGCAGCUUUGCACGAUAUGGUGCCUGGUGGGAGAAGGGGGUCGGUUGCCAUGUCAUUGGUUUUCUGUCCAUUUUUGCUUCAGAGUCGUCAGUUUUCCUGCUUACUCUGGCAGCCCUGGAGCGUGGCUUCUCUGUGAAAUGUUCUGCAAAAUUUGAAACAAAAACUCCCUUUUCUAGUCUGAAAGCACUCAUUUUGCUUUGCACACUGCUGGCCUUGACCAUUGCCACUGUGCCCCUGCUGGGCAGCAGUGAGUACAGUGCCUCCCCACUCUGCCUGCCACUGCCCUUUGGGGAGCCCAGUACCACUGGCUACAUGGUCGCUCUGGUCUUACUCAACUCCCUUUGCUUCCUCAUGAUGACUAUUGUCUACACCAAGCUCUACUGCAAUUUGGAAAAGGGAGACCUGGAGAAUAUUUGGGACUGUUCAAUGGUGAAGCACAUUGCUCUGUUGCUCUUCACCAACUGUAUCCUUUACUGCCCUGUGGCCUUUUUGUCCUUCUCCUCUUUACUAAACCUCACAUUUAUCAGUCCUGAAGUAAUUAAGUUUAUCCUUCUGGUGAUUAUCCCACUUCCCGCAUGUCUCAAUCCCCUUCUCUAUAUCCUCUUCAAUCCUCAUUUUAAGGAAGAUCUGGGGAACCUAGGAAAGAAAACCCACUUCUGGACAAGAUCCAAACACCCAAGCCUCAUGUCUAUUAACUCGGAUGACGUUGAGAAACAGUCCUGUGAUUCAACCCAAGCCUUGGUAACCUUUACCAGUGCCAGCAUAGCCUAUGACCUGCCUUCCAAUUCCGUGUCAUCACCAGCUUACCCAAUGACUGAAAGCUGUCAUCUUUCAUCAGUGGCAUUUGUCCCAUGUCUCUAAUUAAUAAAGAAAAGGUUUUACCCUAAAAAUGUGAGAUUGAAUACAUUAGGAGCAGUAGCUAAGAAGAACUGAGUUUAAACU